ACAUGGGACGUGCACGUCAUCUUGUGGACAUUUUAAGAAUUUUCAAAAGUCCCGAGUUGACGAUCGUAUUUCGAACACAUCAUAGAAUCAUAUUCAACUAUAUAUCUUCCAAUUGUUUGAUCCGAUUUUAGAUGACUUAUUAGAAAUGUGAGACAUGUUUAUAUUUAUAAAAUACAUUACAAAUGUUCAUUGUUCGUUCUGACGACGGACACUGAUUUUCUUUUCGAAAACGACUUCAGAUAUAUGCACAGGGACUAGUAUCAGCAUAUCAAUUUUAACUGUUUUCAAGGUUUAUUUGAAUUUUUUUUCAUCUAGGAAACGAGUAGCCCGAAGGUAGCCGCCGGGUUUGUUUACAAUUUUAGGCUGUUGCUGGGAACGCACCUUCGGUUGUUAUGCUAAGGACCCCAUAUUAUUAGCUGCCCAUAAAAGAGCCUGACUUAAUUGUCACCUACUACCUAAAGUAAGUAGUCUAUGCAAGGGUCUUUCGUAAAAACACAUUUAUAUAUUACCACCACAUGGUAUUUUUUUAAUCUAAAUUGUUCAAGUACAAAUGUAUUUGAAUUUUUAUGCCAGUGAUUUUGUGAGAUGGCAGCUCUUGCACACCAACAUUUUUUUUUUUCUUUUUUAAAGAUUUAUAGGAUUCAAGUUGUAAUGACAGCGUCAACUGUAAAAACUGUCACCGCGCUAAUGAUAACGUCAGCUUCAGGCAAUAUAUACGGGACUAAACUAUUUUUCGUGGGGUGUGAACGAUUAGAUACGGAAUCCGUUAUUUCAUUUAGGUUUCCAUUUUACCAACGAUUCCAACGAGCCUAUUAUCUACUAUAAAUUAAAAUGAAUUCCUAUCACGUUUUGGAACUUGUGGGAGAGGGCUCGUUUGGACGGGUUCAUAAAGGAAUGAGGAAAUUUACAGGCCAAGUGGUGGCUCUAAAGUUAAUGCCGAAGAUGGGUCGCUCAAAGAAAGAACUGCAAAGUCUAAAGAAGGAAAUUGAAAUCAUGAGUAAACUUCAGCAUCCAAACAUUGUACAGUUUUGUGAUAGCUUUGAAACCGAAACGGAGGUUGUUGUUGUGACCGAGUACGCAGAGGGUCAAUUGUUUCAGAUCAUUGAAGAUGACGGCAGUCUACCAGAAAGUCAGGUUCGCGAGAUUGCCUGCCAGCUAGUCUCAGCUCUGUAUUAUUUGCACUCCCGCCGUAUUCUUCAUCGAGACAUGAAACCGCAAAAUAUUCUCUUUGAUAAAAACGGUGUGGUGAAACUGUGCGACUUUGGGUUUGCAAGGGCAAUGAGCGUCUCCACCAUGGUGCUGACUUCUAUCAAGGGAACCCCCCUGUACAUGUCCCCUGAGUUAGUGGCAGAGAAGCCUUACGACCACACCGCUGACCUCUGGUCGCUGGGCUGCAUUCUUUAUGAACUCCACACAGGGGCGCCCCCCUUUUACACCAAUUCCAUCUUCCAGCUGGUGCAGCUCAUCGUGAAAGACCCUGUCAAAUGGCCAGACACUAUGAGCAGCACAUGCAUGAGUUUCCUGAAAGGUUUGUUGACCAAAGACCCUCAGAAGCGACUGUCAUGGCCAGACCUCCUGCACCAUCCUUUUGUUGCCGAUGGUGUUCAAGUAAUUCCAGACACAGAUGUUGUCAGUCCUCUAACUGUCACGCCUGACCAAGACAUGCUGGCACUGAAACUGAAGCAAAUGGCAGAAAAGAUGUCACUGAACUCUGGGGAGAGCAGAAUAUUGAGAAAGGUCAAGGAACAGAGAAGUAAAAUUAACACAAAGGAUCCAGCUGACGAUGCUAAAGAUAUGACUGAUGAACUGCAAAGUUGUGCCCCCCAGAGGACGACUUCUUUCGCCUCCUUUCGGUCAACUUUGACUGUCACUCCAACAAAUACAUAUCCCAACAAUCAUAUUGGUGUGAGAGCAAGUAUACAAAAAAGGGGUCCAAUUAGUCAGGACUACGAACGAGAGUUCCCCUCAAUAGAGGUUGGGCCACGACUAAAACUAAGGACACCCAAGAACGAAACUGAAAUCACUGAAAAUAUUUUGAGUUCUACAACAGUCGACAGUGAGGAAUGCUGGGAGAAGCUUAUUGAGGAGUCGGAUCCAAACCGACAAAAGCAAGAACCAUUAAACUACAGCACCGUUAUUGUUAAACUGAAAUCUACAAUUGUCGUGUUGAAGCAGCAGAUAGGGGAUGGCUUGCUAAAAGACGUGCGGUCCAUUUGCCUUGCGCUGAAGGUCCUGGAAAACCUGAUUCUGACCUCAGACCUUGCCACGACGAAGCACAUCGGCGCUGAACUUGGACUGCCGUGUCUCCUCGUUGGCUUGGUUCACGACUCCGUGAUAAACAGCGAUUUCAUCAAGCAACCACUGAGUCUGCCAACACUUAGAGGAAUGAUUGUCGUUCUGCUCGUCUACUGGGAGAAGAACCAUGAUGGGUUGAGAGCAGAAAAUAGGCCUGAACAAUUCAUCAAGCCGUUCCUGACAAUUCUUAAUCAAGCAGACCUCGACCCCUUAGCCCCUUUGGCUGCAAGUAUUUUAUCUCUCUUUAGUCAACGUGAUGUUGCUGUUAAGGCCGAUGUCAACAGGCUCAGUUCCUUGCUGAAAGCGCUUGUCUCUGGUCCACAUCAGCUCCGGCUUCCACUGCCACCUGGCUGGGGACUCUGUGAUGGCCUCCUCUCUUUACUACUACACACUCUCUCUGAGCAUGAUGGUGCCUCUCUAUGUUGGGAUCCACUCACUUUUAAUCACAUUUGGGAAGGCAUCGGCACCACACUGGCAAAGACAAAACCGGACAUUGAAUUCUGUUCAACAAAUGGACUGCAUCUUAUUAUGAAUGUCUCAUUGUUGGUGUUCUCCAAGGAUCCAUAUUCAUAUAUUUCACUCUUUUAUGAGAGCAAAUCAACAUUUGUAUAUACACUUGGCUGGCUGCUGAGCUCUGAAUGUUCUAUAUUUGCCGAAGGCCAUUCAGGUACAUUUGAGGAGGGUUUGAGUCACGAGGGCUUUGUCGAGUUGAGCUGUCACCUGCUGUGCCUUCCAUUUGCUUUGGACUUGAAUUCACACACCACUUCGCGGAUAUUGCACAUGUACGACAGCUGUCGUGUUGUUCAAGGGCUUCUGCAGGUGAUUCAAAUGCUUCCCGUUUCAUUAGUGGAGCUGCCACUGUCACUUCUGCGCCGCUUGUUGCUGUGUGACCGUCAACGUCUUGUUUCCCACCUCAGUCAGGCUGCUCAUGGCUUUUUCUCUGCACCGGCGCUCACUCCAUCGUGUCAGCAGAUAUCGACCAGAACUGCCAGUUCUUUGCUCUCUGAUUUGCUGCAGCUGGAUGAGCUGGGGGACUCUGCGGUGGAGCUCCUAUCGCUCUUCUACCUCAUCACGCGUUUUUGCCCUAACCCCGGUCGCCUCCAGCUUGAAUCUUCUGUGUUACACCAGGCACUCACUCACUCUUAUGAGCCGAUCAAGACUGCCACUUGCAAGAUUUUGGGAAACUUGUACCCAUUGUGGUCUUCCAAAACUCCCAAUUUACAAUUUCACAUUUUUAAAAGUAUGAUAGAGCUUCUUGAUGAUUGCAAUGUCCAUGUGCGGCGGGCAGCUUGCUUGUCAGUGGGGAAAUGGUUGGCUUUUAUUGCACUGGAGGCGAACACAAGAAAGCCAAAUGGAAAUGUAGCCAACGCUCCAGACUGGUUUAAACUGAAUGGGAUUGAUGAAGAUACACACAAGUGUUCAGGCAACGAGAGCUGCGUCGCAGUGGAGACAGAAAUGAACACAUUAGCUGAUGAUGAGAUGAGACCGUGGCUUGAAGAAGCCAGGAUGACGGGGGCAACACUGGCAUCCUUGACCUCUGACCCUGAUGCCCACACUCGUCUCUACGCCUGUGCGGCUCUGGGAAACCUGCUACACGUUGAAGGCGCCGUACCUGAGCUGCUGGAAGAGAACGCGUCCAAAUUACUUCUGAGAACCGCAUGCACAGAUUCCCACAAUGCAGUGAGAGAAGCCGCCAUUGCAACUCUACGCUUGUACGCUCAACGGAAGGCAUCACGGCAGGUGCUAGUAUCACUGGAUGCCAGACGGAAACUACUUCAGACCCAACAGGCACUUCUUCAAUGUGACUAUCUUCCCCUUAUUAGACAGGUCCAGACAGAUAAGUGAGUUACCGUUGUUGUUUCUGCCAGAAAACGACUAAAUCAAGCAUGUUUCAAAGUUUAUGCACUAAUAAUAUCACUAAUAAAAACCAUUUUGGUCUCGAAAAUGUAAUUCUUGUCAAAACAUUUAUACAGGUUUACAAAUGCCGCAAAAAAAAAAAAAAAUCUGGUAAAUAUAAGAUCUAAGAUCCAUGAUUUUAAAAAUGUUGCAAAUUUUUAAAAGAGAAAAACUUUAUAAUUUGCCAUGUAAAAUUGAAAGGACUGUUUAUUGCAAAUGUGGAUGAGGAACAAAAUGUGGUGCUGCAGAUCAUAGACGCGGGCAGUCUGGGAUCAGUUCUGUCUUGAAAAUAGUGAAAAUGUGAGCGUGAACUCUGGUCUAUUGUCCAUGUGACCUCCUGUGAGUGACUGACUGGGAACCAGUCCACGAUAAGCUAGGUGACCAUGGUUUUCAGAGGGUUUGCCAAAUGAAAUUAGUGUGAAACACCAACUCGCUGUAUUAGAUCCUCGUUGGCUGCUUUCAGCAGGCCUGUUGUCUGUGUUUUUC